GAUUUAUAUUUUGUAAUGAAGAUUUAUAUAACCAAGUUUACAUUGCUUGUACGCAUUCGGCUGAACUGCAGUGAGGACGAAGCAAGAAUGAAGAUUUACUCAGUUUCAACUAGGUGCUAUUAUGCGUUUGGGGCGCUUGUAUCUGAAGAGGUUUCACUCAAAAUCAAAGAGUUGCCUGGAGUCCGUUGGGUACUUCCCGAUUCCUACUUGGAUGUUAAGAACAAAGAUUAUGGAGGUGAACCUUUUAUUAAUGGCCAAGCAGUGCCAUAUGAUCCCAAGUACCAUGAGGAAUGGAUAAGAAACAAUAGUCGAGCAAAUGAGAGAAACAGGCGUAAUGACAGACCUCGUAACUUUGACAGAUCAAGGAACUUUGAAAGGAGAAGGGAAAAUAUGCAGAAUCGUGAUUUUCAGAAUACGGGUCCAUCUCCUAUGCCUAAUCAAGCUGGGCCAAAUUUGGGACCUGGACCUGCCAACAUGGGUCCUCCACCCCCCAACAGGGCUCCAAUGUCUCCCAACAUGGGUCCUCCACCCCCGAACAGGGCUCCAAUGCCACCUCCCAACAUGGGUCAACCAAACAACUACAAUAAUCCCCAGCCAAGCAACAACUGGAAUUCUGGGCCACCAAACAGCUAUAAUCAGGCGCCUCCCAACAGCUACAAUCAAAUGCCGCCCAACAACUACAAUCAGAUGCCUCCCAAUAACCCGGGAGGGGUGCCACCAAACAACAUGGCUCCGCCUUCUAAUGCAGGAUGGAAUGACCCUGGACAAUACCAGAAUAACUACACGCCAGACAGGGAUGCUGGAGUCAAUCCUGGUCCAAACCGUUACUAAGCUUGAGGCUAGUUGCAGUAUGAUGAAUCUUGAAGGCAUGUUGUAGAUAAACGAGGAGGUUGCUCGAGAUGGGCUGUAGGUUUCAAUGUUUCUGGUCUUGAAUGAUAUUUCGUUUGGCAUAUUGCUGUGGUCAGAUCGUGGUUGCCUUUCAUCCGAAUAUGAUUACACUUUCAAGGUCAUAUCUUAUGCGAUUAGUCGUGUCUUUACUUUGGUGCGCAGCAUGAGUUCUUUCAGGUAGUGCGCAUAUUGACAGAAAGCAGACUGCAUGGGGAUCCUUGUUAAAUGGAACAUGUUAAUUUGCAGUACUCUCUGAAGAUUAUGUGUUGCUAUUCGUUCGUAGAUUGUUUUUGCAUAUUUUGGGGGUGAUGUUAUUUUGCUAGAAAAAUGACAUGUUACAUUGUCAAUUUGGUAACCCGAUUCUCAGUUUGGCCCCUGAA